CACAACUUACACAAAUAAUAUUUCUCCUCAACGUGGUUGGUUUACGAUGCUGGCUCUACUAGCGAUUCUGACGGUGACCGCCGCGGGUCCCCUCGGCGUUCUGUGCGCCGGUCCGCGGGUCGACAUCUCCGGUCUCGGUGCCGUGGUCGGAGAGACCGUACACUUCCAGCGUAACACCUACCCGAUCCUAGACACCUACGUGGAUGUCUACCGGGGAAUCCCCUUCGCUGAGCCACCAGAGCGCUUUGCCAAGCCCCAGCCGAAGAAGCCAUGGUCCGGUGACCUGGACGCGACGAAGUUCGGGACCCAAUGCCCUCAGCCGCUGGUGAGCACCAACACAGGCGAAGACUGCCUUAACAUGAACAUCUGGGUGCCUAACCCUAAGCCGACCAAAGCUGCUGUCAUGCUGUUCAUCCACGGUGGGGCGUUCCUGGUGGGCUCCGGUUCGGAGGAGACUUACAACGGGAUUUCCCUGGCCGCUUAUCGUGACGUCAUAGUGGUCACUUUUAACUACCGACUCGGAGUCUUCGGAUUCCUCAGCACAGGGGACGGCGAGCUUCCUGGUAACAACGGAAUGUGGGAUCAGCUUGAAGCACUCAAAUGGGUCAAGGAACAUAUCGCUGACUUUGGAGGAGACAGCAACAGGAUCACAAUCUUCGGAGAGAGUGCUGGUGGCGUGUCGGUCAGUCUCAUGACGCUCGCCAAGCAAUCUUGGGGUUACUACGACAGGGCUAUCAUGCAGAGUGGAACUGCAACAGCUCCUUGGGGAGUCCUUGACCCAACCAAGGCCCGAGAUGACGCCUUCGGACUCGGUAGGAAUGCCUUAUGCUUUGCCUUUGGAAGCAGUUCUAGUCUUGUCAGCUGCCUCAAGACGAAAACCACGGACGAGAUCAUGAGUGCUGCGACCCCGAUUUUGCUGGCGGCGUUGUUUACGAAAAACAACCUGAUCCCAUUCGUGCCGACCAUCGACGGGGAGUUUUUGACCAAGGACCCGGCCGAGCUCUUCCGACUCGGUGAGUUCAAGAGCAGUGACGUCCUGCUGGGCACCCAGCGAGACGAAGGCGCCAUGAUUGCCCUCAAGGCCUUCUUGCCUGCCUCCUUGGGCUCAGACCCUGUUAUCAGCAAGGACCAGUUUGAUGGAUCUCUCAGUAGUUAUGUCUUCAUGGAGCACGACCAGUCGAUGCUGGACGUGAUCAGCGCGUACUACACGGACUCCACCCAAUCCAACUACCUCCGGCCGUUUUCCCGCCUCACCACGGACGAGGGAUUCACCUGUCCUACCGAUACCGUCGUGAAAGCCUUUGCUGCGGCCAAUUCCAACACCUACCUGUACCAGAUGACCCAUGUGUCCUCCUUCCACUUCGUUCCCCUACCGACUUGGGCCGACAUCGUGCCCCACGCGGACGACCUCGUCUACGUUUUCGGCAGCACCUUCAUGUCAGGCUUAGAACGACCUGUUCUGUUGACGGCGGAAGAGGUAGACAUUUCGGUGGACAUGAUGCGAUAUUGGACCAACUUUGCCAAAACAGGUAAUCCCAACUUGGAAAGCUUGAACCAUGUGGAGACGCCGGAUGCUAAGACAUGGCAUAAGUUCAACACGCAGACCAUGUACUACAAGGACUUGUCCCCGUCAAUGGUGGACAGGCAGAAUCUCCUGAAAGAUGAGUGCGAUCUCUGGAACGUACAGCUCCCCAAUAUGGCGCCAAGUAGACACGCCAGUAGACACGCCGGUGUGGUAUCGUCGGACCUACUCUCGUUUCUGAUGAUCGGCCACAACUAAAAGAACAGAGUGGUAUACCCAAGGGGAUCGCCUCAUCAGAGGUUCGUCGUAAUAGCCUGCACAUGAGUCGCCUUUAGUGAUUCUCUGAUUGAAUCGGAGUAAUUCAAAACCUUGAUUUUGAUAUAAUUAUAUUAUAACAUGUUGCUCUAAAGUGGUCAUCUUUAAGAAUUUUUG